AUGCUAAAAACGGACUCAUCAACUCAUUCUGAGCUCAAUGUUCAAUAUUCUCCUUCUGAUGGGACUCCCUUGCAUGAUCCUGCUUUGUAUCGCACUAUUGUUGGAAGUUUGGCAGCUGUUCUUCGCAUUUUGAGGUAUCUUCGGGGUACAAUAUUUCAAAAUCUUUUGUUUCCCUCAACUUCUUCCUUGGAGCUUCGUGCAUACUCCAAUGCCGAUCAUGGUCGUGAUCCCACAGAUAGGAAGUCUGUUACUGGUUUCUGUAUCUCUUUGGGUGAUUCUCUUAUUUCUUGGAAAAGUAAGAAACAAAUUGUUGUCUCACAAUCUUCCACUGAAGUAGAGUACUGCGCCAUGUCAUCUACCACUAAAGAAAUUGUUUGGUUAAGAUGGUUGCUUAAAGAUAUGGGUGUUUGUCAUUCUCAACCCACUCCUAUGUAUUGUGAUAAUCAGAGUGCCAUCUAG